AGCUACUUCCCAACUCUCUCUCUCUCUCUCUCUCUCUCUCUCUCUCUCUCUCUCUCUCUCUCUCCGCAAAUGGCCACCACCAGGCGUUUGAGGGUAUUUAAGCGAUGGAUGAAGUCUAAUGGAUUCGAAUGGAGCGAUGCAUUGGAGUUUGUAGACACCCCAGAAGAAGGAAUAGCUGUUAGAGCUUUGUGUCAAAUGAAUGAAGGUGAGGUGGUUGCUAAAAUGCCAAAGGAAGCUUGUCUUACAAUCAAUACUAGUGGUGCAUGUGAGAUCAUUGAAAAUGCUUGUUUGGGUGGUUAUCUGGGUCUAGCUGUUGCUAUUAUGUAUGAGAGAAGCUUAGGUGGAGAUUCUCCUUGGGCUGGUUAUCUUCAGCUUUUGCCUCAACAGGAAUGUUUGCCUUUGGUUUGGACUCUUGAUGAAGUUAACCAGCUUUUGUGUGGUACUGAGCUUCAUCAGACAGUGCAAGAAGACAAAACUCUUGUAUAUGAGGACUGGCAAGAGAAUAUUCUACCCCUGUUGGAAUCAGAACCUUCAAAGCUUAACCCGGCAUUCUUUGGUGUGGAACAAUACUUUGCAGCCAAAAGUCUUAUUUCUUCGCGAUCUUUCGAGAUAGAUGAUUACCAUGGUUUUGGCAUGGUUCCCCUGGCAGAUCUAUUCAAUCAUAAAACGGGUGCGGAAGAUGUGCAUUUCACUGCUUUGUCUUCUCAUGAUGAAUCUGAUAAUGAAUCUGACAAUGAUGAUGUUGUUGAUGGUUUUGAUGAGGGCAUUGUUGAUGAAGAAGCAUUGGCUCAAAAUGGCGCUAUAGACAAGACUGAGAACGGUGUUGUUAGCGACAUGGAGUGUUCAUCAGUUACUGAGGAUGAUACUUCAAUGCUGGAGAUGGUUAUGAUAAAAGAUGUCAGCAGUGGAGUUGAGGUAUUUAAUACUUACGGCAUAUUGGGCAAUGCGGCUUUGCUUCAUAGAUAUGGAUUUACUGAGCAAGAUAACACCUAUGAUAUCGUGAACAUUGAUUUGGAACUAGUACUUCAAUGGUGUUCUUCUUUGUUCUCUGACCGCCACAGCCGAUCAAGAAUCUCCCUUUGGAGAAGGUUAGGCUAUUCCAGUGACAGCGAAAACUCUGAAUAUUUCGAGAUAUCAUUUGAUGGAGAACCACAGAUUGAACUACUCAUUUUAUUAUACAUCAUAUUUUUAACAGAUGAUGUUUACCAUAAAUUAGACUUAUCAGUAGCAAUUGCUGGGAACUGUCAUGAAUCCAGUGAAAAAACCACAUUUUUGAAUGGUGAUGAUAUCUUUUUCAAAAAGGCAUCUGAUAUGAGCAAGAAAACUUUGCUGACAAAAGAAGUUUGUGAUGCUUUGUUGUCACUGUCUGAUAUAAGGGAGAGUCUCUAUGGUUCAAAAUCAAUUGAAGAUGAUAUUGAGGCAUUGGAAAGGUGUAGUUUUGUUAGAGAUAGAAAGCUGUAUCACUCUUUGGUUCUGCGUAUCAGUGAAAGGAAGAUCAUUCAAAAACUCAGAAAUUAUGCUUCAAAGUCAUGUAAGAUUACUAACCCUAUUUCUGCCGGGAAGAAGUCGAAAAAGACAACAAAGAGGAAGCGUUAAUUUUUAAUUUAUUUUUUGUUUUCAUGAGAUGCUGUAACAUUUAUGAUUUAUUUAUAUAUUGCUUCAUUGAUUCAUUGGCCUAUGCAAAGGAACCAAGCUGAAUCAGAUGUUACCAUUUGGAUUUUGAUCUUUACAUUCUUGGAUGCCCUUAUUUCAUAUACUUUAUUCUUGUACUUCAUAAUAAUGAUGAAGUGAAAUGAUUUUGUUCUA